CCGCUCGCUCCUUCUUCGCCACCGCAGGCGUAAACAAACCGAUUUUGAAUCGGAAUUACCUGAGAAAUAACACCCCGGAAACCACACAACCCCCAUCAAAAUGUCCGGCAAGGACGAUCGAUCCAAGGAGAAGCGCAGGAACAUGAAGCAGUACAAUCAUCAUCACAAAAAGGAUCAAGGACGAUCCACCACCUCGUCGGGCUCCCCACCGCCCACCUCGCGUCGCAGCAUGGUGGAUGUGGCCGACUCCAGCGAUGAGCCAAGGUUCCCCAGGCGUGGCAAUUGGCAAUCCGGUGGCGGCGGUGGAGGCGUAGGCGCAGGUCGCUCUUCGUUGGCCCCCCAAAGGAACCGGGAUCUGCUGGAAACCCUGCCCAGCGACACUGACGAUGUGGAGCAGCUGGGCCUGGAUGGCGCACCCAUCGAUGAGAAUGCCCGUGCCCAACUGCGUGCAGGUGACUUCCAGCAGUUGGCCCAGUUUCCCACUCUCGGCGGCGGGCACUUCACCUUCGGUUCGGAACGGGAGUGGGCCAACGUGGCCGAGGGCCAGACCAAGCUGCACACCAAGGCCGCCAGUGGCUACUUUACCCUGAACCUAACCCGCCUUAAUGCGGGCCUGCAAACGAUUCCCUUUUACAAGCGCAUGGAUUAUCCCGCGUCCAUGUUCACAAGGGCGCAGAUCGUGGCCCAGGAGGAGGCCGCCGAAAGAGCCGAGGCUGUUUACCAGCAGCACAUCCUAAAGGAUUCCAAUGGCGGCGGCCCCAAAUCCCGAGUGGCCUCAGCUAAAUCGAACAAGGAGGCAGCACCUGCAGCGGCGGAGAAACCAGCUGCAGCUAUCCCCUCUGCUGAACCCGAUGAACUCGACGAGCUCCUGGCCAUGACCAACAAGCAACUUGAUAUGGGCUCUGGGAUAGGGCCCAUCACCAUGCCCAUGCCCAUGCCCAUGGUGCAGCCGGCCACUCCUUCCUCGGCGGCCAGCAAGAACGAAGUGGAGCAGUGGCUGGACUCCGUUUUGGAUGAGUAAAGUCUCCUGGAUCCAUUGCUAAGAUGCAGGGGAAGAUUGACCCAAUAUGCGAGCACUAUCCGGAUGAUUUCCAGAGCAUUUUGAACUUAAGCUUACACGCUCAGUGCUUUAAGAGUAGAAUUGUUAAUCACUUAAAUCUAGUAAAUCUAGAGUUUUCCAAGUAAGUUUUGUAUCAAAAGCUAGAGCUUUUUUAUUAUACACAUUAAAAUCACCAAAUGUUUAGCUUUAAA